AAAAAUACUCCGACCCAAUAUCAUACCAUCUUCAACAUCUCUUCUAGCAUUUAUAAAAAAAAAAAAUCACAUUUUCUAGCAACCAAGCAAUCCUUGUAUCAACAGUUGAAUUUGAGAUCACCAAGUUUCGAAUAUGGAACAAACACUAUCCCAUGCAAUUGAGCACGAAUUUGUUCAAAACAGCGAAAGAGUGAAAUCUGUUGAUCUACAUCCAACUGAGCCAUGGGUUCUAUUGGGUUUGUAUUCAGGAACUAUUUCUAUUUGGAACUAUCAGACAAAGACUGAGGAGAAGUCUCUCAAAGUUAGCGAAUCUCCAGUGAGAGCAGCAAAGUUCAUUGUUCGGGAAAAUUGGAUUAUCGCGGCAACUGAUGACAAAUAUAUUCGCGUCUACAAUUAUGAGAAAAUGGAAAAGAUAAUAGAAUUUGAGGCACAUAAAGAUUAUAUUAGGAGUUUGGCUGUUCAUCCAUUUCUACCAUAUGUGGUAUCGGCUUCUGAUGAUCAAGUCUUGAAGUUGUGGAAUUGGAAAAAAGGUUGGUCUUGUGAUGAGACUUUUGAAGGGAACUCACAUUAUGUGAUGCAAGUGGCAUUUAAUCCCAAGGAUCCAUCUACCUUUGCCAGUGCAUCCCUCGAUGGAACUUUAAAGAUUUGGACUAUUGAUUCCUCAGCUCCAAAUUUUACCUUUGAAGGACACUUGAAAGGAAUGAAUUGUGUAGACUAUUUUGAAAGCAAUGAUAAGCAAUAUCUUUUAAGUGGUUCUGAUGAUUACACUGCCAAGGUAUGGGAUUAUGAUUCUAAAAAUUGUGUGCAAACACUUGAAGGACACAAAAACAAUGUUACAGCAAUAUGUGCUCAUCCUGAGAUUCCUAUAAUAAUAACAGCUUCAGAGGAUUCUACUGUUAAGAUAUGGGAUGCUGUCACCUAUAGGCUUCAAAAUACGUUGGACUUUGGUCUUGAGAGAGUAUGGAGUAUUGGCUACAAAAAAGGAUCAUCUCAACUUGCUUUUGGUUGUGACAAAGGAUUUAUCAUCGUUACAGUGAACUCUGCAAAUUACUGCACACUAUAUGAUUUUGGAGGAAGACUACAAUAGACUUUAUGUUGUUUAAUUUACAUUGUAAAAUAAGGAGGAAUGUUAGUACUACACUAGCACAUUCUUUUCAAUGUAGUGUUUAUUCUUGGGUGAAAUUUGUGAGUCAUAUUAAAUUUAAAGCUCUCACUUCUAUUUUGAUGAGACUCAAAUUAAUUUCAUCCUAGAGUAAACAUCUGUUAGAAAUAGCGUGUUAAAAGUUGUGUCGUUAAUGUUUUUCUAGUUAUAAUAUAUAUGACCAACACCUAGUUAUGUGUUGAGUUAGGUACAAAUAAAAACAUGUCAUUGUAGAGUUCUCUCCAAAAUAUGUCUGUAAAGUUUAAAGUUUUAUAAAUGUAACAAUAAUAAUGUAGUAUAUGGCACUAGCCUAGUGAUUUUGUAUUGAAGCAUAUAUGGUUA